GCCUUCGUCCAUCCGGGUUCAUUUCUCUCGUGCUGUCUUGCAAGCAUGGAGCUCCACGGCGAACGCGUGUCCGGACCCACAGCUUCGUCGUCUUCUGAAGACUGCUCGCAGGUCACGGUGUCCAGGGAGCUGCUGACCGCGGGGAGCGAGGGUUCCGGAGGUAUCUGGGACCAAUUGCUCAUCAGCUCUAAGCCUCAUUCCAAGAAGACUUCUGCUCUUCAAACAGUUAGGAUUCAGAGGAGCCCUUUGUUAGACCAGGUGCAGGCCUUCCUCCCACAGAUGGCCCAGGCAAAUGAAAAGCUACGAGAGGAAAUGGCGGCCGCUCCAGCUGAUUGCUUCAAUAUCGAGAAGAUUGAUGGGACAUCCGGAAACAUCAUACAGAUGGAUGUGGCCUUAUUUGAGAUGAACCGGUCAGAUUCAAAAGAAGAGGACAGCUCAGAAGAGAGCUCACAGGACGGCUCUGAGGACAGCUCAGAGUCCGAAGAUGAAGACUGCAUCCCCUCCGAAGUCACCAUAGACACCAUAAAGCUUCCGAAUGCAGAAGGUGGCAGAGGCAAGAUUGAAGUUUUAGACAGUCCGGCAAGUAAAAAAAAGAAGCAGUGAGAUAGGCCAGUGAAAAGAGAGGCAGGUCCUCCCUACCUGCGACUGGGGGAAGGUGGUUUCUGGGGUGAUGGGUCCAGGGUCCCUCUGAUGCUCUUUCAGUGUCAAAAAGAAAAAUUUGCAAGUCUGGGUGUGUUCAAAAUAGGAAGUGUUUCGAUCUUGAUGACAGAGGGCAGCGCCCUUGGGUACCGAGAAGGGAAAUAGGGAAGAAAUAACUUUUGAUGGGUUGGUUACAUGAGGCAUUUGCCUAAGUUGACAUGAUCUGAACAGUGUGGCCUGUGACUCAGUGAAGCCCAUCUACACUAAAAUCCGGCUACUACUUAGAACAUUCCUGCUUCCAAAUUGAGGGUUUGGGUUUUGGUUUGUUUCUGUACCAAGGGAGGUUGGGGUUUGUUAUAUAAGAACUGGGUACUAGAGAGCAGCCCAGGAUAAUGGCCCCUGCCAUUUAAGGUAUGAUGGUGGCUAGAUUUUAUUAAAAGAAACCAAAAUUGCCUUUUAAAGAUUUGUAAAUGGACAGCAUUCAGAUCCUGUAAAGGCAUAUUGAGCUCUUGCUGUAAAGAGGUUUAGUGUUUACAAAUCUCUGUGUGCUAUAUCACUGUGUGCUGCUAUAUGUAUAUGAAUUCAUGUAAGCAUUGUCUUCAAAUUGUGAUGGUACCGACAGCUGAAAGAAUGACUCCAGUUCUCCAGUUAAUUAGCUUACAGAGUGGUGGGUGACGUGGGUAGCUGUUCUGACUCACCAGUCUCGAUUGGGUUUUGUCAGAGCUAGCAAGUGCCAGAGGUGGGAGAAUGAACCAUCCCUCCAGGAGGCUACUUGAGUAUGGGAGCAUGCCCAUUACCUGGAGGACAUGGUAACAGCUCUCUCACUUCGUGGUGGUUUGACAUUCGAUGUGUUGAUGCUUACAUCCUUGCCUCUGAGCCAGGGUCUCUAAAGACAGGUUAUGAGGCCUGGACCCAGUUUCCCACCUUCCAGCUCUGUCUGCACCUUCUUCCAUAGUCCUGAGCCUUAGAGAUAUUAUGCUCGUCCGUCCGUCCCCCCCCCCCCCCCCCCCCCCCCCCCCCGAGAACUGAGCCAUUGGGCUUCUGUGCCAAAACAAGAGGAAAGACUGGAGCCAUGGAUGCAUACUCCUUAAGUAAUACAGGCAGUCAGAAGGGCACAUACCCCUAUGGUAGUGACCUAAGCCAGUGGUCAAAAACAUCUUGCACGUCUGUGCAAGUAUCACAUCUUAACUGGGUUUCUGGUAUCCAGUGUCCACACACAGAUCCCUAGCACAGCUGUGUAUAAUACCCAGAGCCAGUCUGUAGCCUGUUUUUCCAAUAUCCAGGUUUCUUGGUUUAAGAAACAUCUGUGUAGGUAUGGUUCGGAACUUGAAAAUAAACUUAACCAGGGCUUUGCUUAGAUUGCUGAUAAUAGGGCUCCUGCCUAAUGACUAAAUACAGAAAGUGGGUAUUCCUGUGACAAAGACAGCGGCUUCACAUCUUGGUGAGUGCCAAGCUGUAAGACCACAGCUGAGGCAUAAAAGAGGAAAGCAUUUUUAUUACCAUGUACAGGAGAACAAAGGUUAUAUAUCGUUCUCACACUGGACAUGCUCCCCAACAAAGAAACAGUGGGCACUUCAUUUGGGAAGCCUAUAUGUAAUCAUAAAGGGAAGGCAUGUUGGAGACUGAUGCAUUCCCUCCUGAGCAUACUCAGGUCAUAGCUCAAAGAGGAAAGGUGGCAAAUGGGAACAUCUGAGGUACAGCCUACAUCGUGAAUGAAGAUGAGAUGGUCAGGGAAGGUUCUCGGGUGUUCUUGGGUUUGCAUAACGAACACUCGAUGGGUGGUUAGUGGCUGCUCUGGGAUAACAGCUAGGUUAUAGAUAGGAGUUGGCUGACAGCUCAGAGGGGGACUUGGAUGAACGGCUCGAGAUGUAUCCCCUUGUACAGGAGUAGAUAGCCCUGUAAGUGUGGUUUGCGUUACCUGCAGUACCCUUGCACAGCUCUAUCCAUGUACCUACUAAUAGUAGUGUCUCUCUCAUUCGGUCUUUCUAGGCACAAUGGGUCAUAAUCAUAAAUGCCCAUGUCGGGGUUAGGUCCAAUUUCAUAAUGCCCAGAAGGUAGCACGUUAGGCCAGGUUAUGGGUUCCCAUUCUACCAGAAGCUCACGUUUAGAGCAGGAUUGUCAUGUUCGGCUUUUAUUCAUAUGGGAGGGGCUCUGUUGAUAGUGUGGAGAUCUGUGAAAUUUCUUCACUUUGACUGAUGGAGGGGAGCAAAAUGUUUCAUGGCAUAACUACCUGACUAGAGAGAGAGUUCACCAUGUGUGCAAUAGUCAGAUUAUCACCGUCAUGGGCUACAGUGGUUGCCGCCCAAUGCAAGAAGAGGCAGUCGCAGUAUGACUCCAAUACACAUAAAUAUUUCAGAGAAUAAUUGUUUUAGUUUACUUUCCUAUUUUUAUGAAGAGACACCA